AUUAAACGGAAGUAGGUACGUGGCCGCUUCAGCUGACAUUCGGCACGAUGGCGAUGGAAAUACAGAGCUCCGACCCCAACAGUGGCAGCUCCAGUCGGCUUGAAGUGUCCAUCGACGGACUGACCCUCAGCCCUGAUUCCGAAGGCGACCAGGAGCAUGUCGAAAGGACAGAUUCUCCACAGCUGGAGCAGGAAAGCGAAGUUCAGAGUUCACCUGAGGGCAAAGAUGUGGAAGAGGGCGACACUGCCAAAGCCAUGGAAAGGAAAUGGGGAUUUUCUCUCGAGGAGCUGUAUGGUCUGGCACUGAAAUUCUUCAAAGAAAAAGAUGGCAAAGCCUUCCACCCGACUUAUGAAGAGAAGCUCCGUCUGGUGGCCCUCCAUAAGCAGGUCCUUCUGGGCCCCUACAACCCCGACGCCUCUCCGGAAGUGGGCUUCUUUGAUGUCCUGGGAAAUGAUAGGAGGAAAGAAUGGGCAUCCCUAGGCAACCUCGGCAAGGAGGAGGCCAUGGUGGAGUUUGUGAAACUGCUGAAUAAAUGCUGUAAUUUAUUUGCACCUUACGUCACGUCACACAAAAUUGAGAGGGAUGAACAGGAGCGGAAAAGGAGAGAGGAGGAAGAGCGACAACGCAGGGAAGAAGAGGAGCGCGAGCGGCAGCGGCUGGAGGAAGAGCAGCGGCGCAGGGAGGAAGAGGAGCGGCUGCAGAGGGAGGAAGAGGAGAGGAGGCAGGCACAGGAGGAGAGGCUCCGUAUGGAGCAGCAGAAGCAGCAGAUCAUGGCCGCACUGAACGCCCAGACGGCGGUGCAGUUCCAGCAGUACGCGGCCCAGCAGUACCCAGAGAACCCCGAGCAGCAGCAGGUUCUGAUCCGCCAGCUGCAGGAGCAGCACUACCAGCAGUACAUGCAGCAGCUCUACCAGGUGCAGCUGGCCCAGCAGCAGGCUGCUCUGCAGAGGCAGCAGGACGACGCCGUCGUGGCCGUGUCAUCAGCGGAGGUCGCCGUGAGCGCGGCGCCCCCUGCUGAACCCGACACACCGACGCUGAACGGUCAGCCGGACGAGCACUCGGAGAGCCUGGACCGGGAGCCGGAGGCGGAGCUAGGCGAGGAGCUGACGGAAAACGGACCAAUAGCUCAAAGAGGAGCCACCCCGGUCUUCGAGGACCAUGUUCCUGCAGGUACAUAUGGUUUAGCAAGUGACCAAGAACCAGACCCCGCCCCGGUGAUCGCCGCGCCCUCCAUGUGGACACGGCCCCAAAUAAAGGACUUCAAGGAGAAGAUCCGGCAGGACGCGGACUCGGUGAUCACGGUGGGCCGUGGCGAGGUGGUGACGGUGCGAGUCCCCACGCACGAGGAGGGCUCCUACCUCUUCUGGGAGUUCGCCACCGACCACUACGACGUCGGCUUCGGCGUCUACUUUGAGUGGACCAACUCGCCCAACACCGCCGUUAGCGUGCACGUCAGCGAAUCCAGCGACGACGAAGAGGACGAGGAAGGUGCGUCUGAUACGAUGACAUCUAACAAAUCACAAUUUGGGGAGGCCCAGAGCGAGGAGGAAAAGGCCAAAAAGAACGCGAACAAGCCGCAGGUGGACGAGAUCGUGCCGGUCUACCGGCGAGACUGCCACGAGGAGGUGUACGCGGGGAGCCACCAGUACCCCGGCAGAGGGGUGUACCUGCUCAAAUUCGACAACUCCUACUCCCUCUGGAGAUCGAAAGCCGUCUACUACAGAGUCUACUACACCAGAUAAGCCAGGAGGAGGAGCAUGCUGGCGCGGGGUGGGGCAGGGAGAGGGCUGGCUGUGGGCCAGGGCCUCUCCCCGUCUCGGCGUGGGAAGGGGCGGGGCGUGGAGGACACACUGGCACGCCUCACUCGAGAGGGUGUCUCGUUCGGCUUUCGAGGAGGGGGAAAUUGAUUCUGCGUUCCCAUUCACCGUCUCUCUUUCUCUCUCUCUCUGUCUCUCUUUCUCUAUCUCUCGUUCUCUAUACUCUCUCGAUAGCAGCCUGAGGUUCAUGGGUCUCUGUUCAGCGAAAACACUGCCUUACCUUUGUCCAAAAGGAGCGAGCAUGACUCAUUAACACGCCUGACACCAUAUUAGUUCUUUACUGCAUGAUCUCAUGAGUAUCUGCGUUUGUCUGUGAAUGGUCCGCAAAUGGCUUUUGGCGGUGAUACGUAUUUUGUACUAGCAGAGUCAGCCGUGAUGCACGAUAUUGAGUUUACCAUGCUACUGAAGAAACAAGGAAGCAGUCCCUAUGAUGACGAUGGAUUGAAUUUCAUUUUUUUUUUUUGUGUCUGAUUAGUGUGAUUAAUAACGAACGUGCGGGAGUGGGUAUGGAAGGAGGAAGAAUUAUGAAGUAAAUCAGUAGGUCUCACAUGAAAUAUCCUGGAUUGUGGAACAUGUUUUAUCCCAACUACACUACAGCCAUUGAAGUCAGGAAGCAAAAGCUUGACGGUGAACCAGGUAUACGUUUGAGUUGUGCAAGUGCGUGCAAAUUUGGGUCAUGCUCUCAGGCUGUGAACAUAACAGAAAAGGGGUGGGUUUCAUUGUUUUUCUUCUUUUUUAAAAAUUUUUUAAAGCAUCUGAUUGGUUGUUGUCAGUAUGGUCCUCUUGGCCUCCUGUAGUGGUCAGACCGUGAGAAACACAGGCCUGUUGAACCCGAGACCGAUUCUGAUGUUUAACCAGCAGCACUGCAGAAGAUCACAGACUAAACGUAACUCGAAACGUGUGGCAAAAACUAACAAGCUCCCCCCAUGUCCCCAAACGUGAGUAGCACAGUGCAGCACAAACACCCUCAGAGGAAAAGAGGCAGGGCUCCCCCACUCUCACACUGACGAGUCCUUACACUGUACUCUUGCUUUCUCGCCAUUUAGUUUCAGAAGUGCGCUUUCUCUUACAGCGUCUGAUAUAUGUGCGUGUUCUGUUUGAGCACUCAGCAAUGGGGGAAAAAGGACUGUCUUGCGUUUAACUGGCGAUAUAGAGGACAGCGUCGGAGCUGUAGGUUGCCGUAACGUUCGGAGCAGCCAUCCGCAGGUCUCUGGUUGCCUCCAGCAGGAAAGGUUUGUACUUCCAGCCCCCACUGAAGGUGUAAUGUUUGUUAUGGUGGUCUUCAAGCAAGUGUUGAAAAUUCAAAUGUCAAAUAACAAAGACAUUCAAAUAUCAAAAUACUUUUCGCAUUUUUCUCUCACCACAAGUAUUGUAGUUUUCUGGCAUAACUAAUGCAAGGUAUGAACUGGUAUUUGGGAUGUCUGUCCCAUAAAGUAGUGGUGGAGCCAAGUUAGAAUGUAGGAACUCUGCACUAGAAUGCCAGUAAUUUAUACAUAGUCUCCUUUAGGACUUGUGCCUGCCCAAACAGCCAGACUGGAUCCAAUACCUCUCUGUCAAUCUCUGUAAUACAGCGAUGAAUGCAUGGCGUCUUUACCCAGAAUUUCUAUGGAAACAGUGAGUGUGUAUGCAAGUAGUGUAAUAGGUCAUGGUGCUUCAUAUGGAAUGGUUUGAAUAUGAAUGAAAGCAAUGUGCAGGAGGGAUGCAAGACUGGAUGUAGUACAUCUGUUAUGCACAUCCCAGCCCCCCUUGCCUCUGGAUUCUGUCUUCCAUUAUUCUUUGAUGUCUGCCAUGCUUAGUCAUGUUACCCAAAGUAAAAACUGCACUUUGCACCAAAAAUGCUUUGAACGCACUGAAUCUGAUGCUGGGAUUGCAGUUUUCUGCUUUCUGUUGCCUCUGUGUUCCUUUGGCACAUAAACAUAACGAGAUACCAGACCUUCAGGCCCACAAGUCAUCAUUUCUUGGCAAAACAUCCUAUGGAAGAUUUUUUUUUAAAACCAUUUUUAUGGUGCCUGUAGACUUUCUUGUCCAUGUUGUGUUGGUGUUCUUAUUUUCACCAGUGGCUGUUCCACAUUUAAUUGUGUUAAGCAGGUUAGGAUGAAUGCCCCUCGGUCUGUGUUUGACUGCCUUGCAUUCUGCUGUUGGCUUUGGGAGGUCAGAAUCUUCCCAGUAUCCUCUAGUGCAUCGACUUGGUUUCGCACCCUGUGCAAUGACACAAAAUCACCUCAUUAUUGAAGAUGAUUUAGUAGUAUCGGUUUACCAUAGCAACAUCACUUAUGGCUAGAAACAGCUAUUUUGUUUUAAGGUCAUAGACAAAAGAAUAUCUACUUCAUAAAGCCAAUGUGUUGAGUGUGGUUGAUAUAUUUCAGAUUGCAGCUUUCUUUUUUUUUAAAAUCAAGAACUUGGUAUUAUAAUAUCUAGUGUCAAAUGCUUAGAGGUGGUUUUGCUAUUUCUUUUUUUCUGUUUGACAUCAGAUGUCCAGUGUAUCUAGCCCAGCUGUUACAUUUUGGUUUCAUUAAGCCAAUAUAAGAUACAUUCAUGGAAUUUCAGCCAUCCAAAAAAAAAAAGUCCUUUCAGAAAAUGAAAUCUUGUCUUUGUUCGUGUUGCUCAACAGCUGUUCCUCAUACGUCCUUGAAAGCGCACCUUUUAAGCAAGCUUUGCGUUCUAGGCUUAUUCUUGUUUCCAUUCAUGUCAGCUUUGGCACCAAGACAUCUAUGGUUGUCUCAUGCUUACCUCCAAAAUGUGGACGUUUCCUGGUUGAGGCUGAAUGAUUUUUUUGCACCCUCCUCAAGUGUGAAAGAAGCCCCUCGUUUUGGGUCUGGCCUGCGAUUGGCUGGUGAACUAUGGCUCAAAUAGUUUAGUUGAGCCUGGUUCAUAAUGCUUUGUUGUC